UACGCCUCAUACCAGACGGAUAAGUCGCGGUGGACGGAAUUGGUGAGGUUAACCCAGAAAGAGUCGUUAGUGGUGCGGAAAACGCUCCGUGUACGUCGUGUUUAAUAUGCGCUAAAGCACCGAGCAGGACGCAAUGGAUUUCUACAUCAACCUGAAGGUGAAUUUCAGAGGAAAUUCCAAGAAUUUCCUGCUGUCGGGAUCCGAGACCAAGAGCUGGGAGUCGAUGGAGGCCAUGGUAAAGCGUUCCUUUGGCCUGUGCAGCCUUCAGCUGACCUAUUUUGACGAGGAGAAUGAGGAGGUAUCCAUUAACAGCCAAGUUGAGUAUGAGGAGGCUCUGAAGAGUGCAGCGAGGCAGGGGAACCGACUGCACAUGAACGUGUACGAGACUCGAGGACAGCUGGCAAAGGUCGCUACCACCAAGGCCAGCGGAACAGAGCCCAAGAGGGGUUUCAGACCCCCGCAGCACUGCCCCUCCCUUGCUCAGGUGGUCAGCCGCAAGGUCCAGGCUGCAGUGCCGGAACAGGGCAUGGUGAUCAUGAAAGAAGUAAAAGGGACCAAAGAGGAAGAUAAGACUCCCCCAGCCUGGUUCACCUCCUACAUGGAGAAAUUUAAGGACCAGGUAGUUCGUGAGGCAGUGGAGAAGAUCUGCCGGGAGUUUUCGGGACAGUGCUGCAUCCACAAACCCCUGGGGGGAGGAGGAGGAGGAGGAGCAGGGGGAGCUGGUGGAGGUAGAGCAGAAGCAGUGGGAGGAGCAGAGAUCCAGCAGGUUCCUGAGGUGUCUUCCUCCACUCUGCCUGGAGCACCAUCCUCCUCAACUCCUCCGUGCUCCUCCUGUAGGGGGCAGACCACUGGAGGAGGCUACCAGUGCAGUGUGUGUACCUCUUGUACUCUGUGCGAGCCCUGCAGCUUCUCUCACGAUCCCAGUCACAACCUCGUGAGAGCCAGGACUCCUCUGUCCAUCCCAGAGCACGGAUCACCUGCUCCAGACCACAGCAGGUUCUACAGGCGAGGCGAUCGCAGUUUCCGGAAGGCGGAGAAGCAGCGUCUGAAAGCGGAAAAGCGCCUGCUGAAGGCUGAGGUGAAAGAGAUCCGGAAACAGCUGAGGAUGGAGAGGCGGGGCAUACAGUGGAGCUCCUCCCACCGAGAUGGAAGCUCCUCCCCUGUCCUUCUGCAGCCUAGAGCCACACAGCACAACAGCCCAGAGCGUCCAAAGCGCCCCUGUCCCUUGGUGGUUCCUGCCAUGACGGCUGCGUUUCUGGACGAAAACCUUCCUGAUGGGACGCGACUGCGUCCUGGGACCAAGUUUAUCAAGUACUGGAAGAUGAGGAACACUGGAACUCUGAGCUGGAGUGCUGAUACUAAGCUAAAGUUUAUGUGGGGAAACCUGGCAGUGGGAUCUGGAGACCGUUGGAGAGAAGUGUCAGUUCCCUUCCUUCAGCCAGGACAGGUAGGUAUAGUGAGUGUAGCACUGUGUGCUCCUGCUGUGGAGGGCUCCUACACGUCCCAUUGGCGUCUGGCCCACGCUGGGGAGCAGUUUGGACCGAGAGUGUGGUGCAGCAUCGUGGUCGACCCUCUGGCCCCAGCACCCAUGAUGGCUGAUGGGAUACUUGUGUCACCCUGUGUCACACCACAGGGGAAGAACCCACUAGCAAAGGAUGGAAAAGCUGCUGCAGUUUCUAGGGAACAACCUUUACUGUCAGUGGACCAAGAAGAGUAUUACAUCCCAUCUGUAGACCUGCUCACUGCACAGGAUCUUCUGUCUUUUGAGCUGUUGGAUAUCAACAUUGUGCAAGAGUUGGAGAGCGUCCCAAACAACACCCCUGCUGACAUGACUCCCUGCAUGUCCCCUCUGUCUCAAGAUGGCCACUUGCAGGACAAGGGUAAUCCCUCCUUGGGUCUGAUUCAGGAAGAGACUGAAGUCAUCAAUAGCAUCAUGGAUGUCCCCCAUGGGGUAGGACCUGGAGCUGAAGGGGGUGGGGUCCCAGCUCAGGAGGAAGGGGAGGAUGACAUCAGUGGCACUCAGUUUGUUUGUGAGACUGUGAUUCGCUCAAUGACCCUGGAGGAGGCCCCUGACCACAAGCCUCUGAGAGGAUCCUGCCCGGGAACAGGGAAAGUGGUGCGUCCAGCUCCUCAUGGCGGCUCCUCCUCUUUGUCCUGCAUGAUGAGUAAAACGGUGAAGAUGGAGGAGGGCCCUGACAGCUGCUCUGGCACCUCCAACAACCCUCUGAAACCGCUAACUGCUCUCAAGGCUUCCAUCCCUGCCCCACUGAAAGCCUCCCUGCCUGCUCCACCCUCUGUGACCCUGAACACGUUGCCCGGCCCGAGCUCAGCGCCAGCCCCUCUCCAUGCUUCAGCCAGGACCUCCACGCUACCAGAGCACACAGUCACAGGUGACGCUGAGGAAUCCCACAUGGAGAGCAUCUGUGUGGAGUCCAGAGUGAGGGAGACACAAGGAGAGGAGGAGAAGAGCGAUGUCAUGAGGAGUCGCUCCUCCUCCACAUCGUCAGAGGAUUACAUCAUCAUCCUCCCCGACUGCUUUGACACCACUCGGCCCCUGGGAGAGUCCAUGUACAGCUCUGCUCUGUCCCAGCCUGGAGACAUCCUACCCAAGACUCCCACAGACCCAGAUUCCCCCUCUGCCGAGCAUCAGGGCAGUACCACGGGGGGGAGGGAAGCAGAUGAGGUGGAUGAAGCAGCAGCGGCUCCAGGAAUGGAGCUGUCAGGAACCAGCAGUGCCAACGACAUGCUGUGCACAUCCCAGACGCUGGACGAUGAGCCGCUGACUCCUGAAGUGGUGGCGCCACCUAAAGCCAGCGUCACUUCAUCUCCAGAGAGCAGCGGGGAAAGAGAGGGCGAUGCUGCUGCUGCUGCUGGGGAAGGAGCAGAGGGCUCCGAGCUGUUCCAAGCUGAGGACGAGUCAGCUCCUGAACAGACCGACACAGGUGACAUCCAAACUUCUGACACGGAGAAAACCCACCCCGAGGAUCCCAGGCAACAAGGCAUCACCGGCGGCCUGGUGAAAGGAGCUCUGUCAGUAGCUGCUUCUGCCUACAAAGCCCUGUUCACUGGACAGGGCCCCACACAGCCUCCAGUGGAUGCAUCCACCCAGGACACCAUGAUGGCCGUGCUGGUGGAGAUGGGUUUUGCAGACCGGUCACUGAACCAGCGUCUGCUGAAGAAACACAACUACAACCUGCUGGACGUGGUCAACGAGCUCGUUCAGAUGACCGACAAUGACUGGUACUCCACACGUUACUGAUGAGGAGAUGAAGCGCGCUCUUCCUCCGGCUCAGCUCUCCACUAAUUUGCCCUUUCGUAUUGAGGGCAGUCUUCGCUAUGACCAUAUAAGGGGACAUUCCAGCCAACCCGGGAUACUGUAGUGGACCAUCAAACACCCACUGUCUGUAGUGUUACUUUCAGCGUAGAUCUUGAUAGUGGCAGGUUUUCUUUGCAUAUCCGUCUAAGAAAGAUGAAAAGAGACGCAUUCUAGUUUUUCAAAUGUGUAUCACAUGACAGGCUGACACCAUAUAGUUUUAUUUAAGUGUGGAAAAACAAGAAGCAUAAAAGCUGAUAAAAGAAUUUGCUUCCAUCAAACUUAAUGAGGUGAGCUAAAGUUGGGUUGUUGUACAUUUGUUUAUUGAAAGUGAUGCUAGUUCAUGUUUGUUGCAGGUAAAUAUAGAUGAAAAGCUGUCCUCAGCACCUUCCUGCGUUUCCCUUUGCCGACACGGUGCUGAAGUACGAAGCAGCACGAUUCUGUUGCUUGAGCACUGAGAAUAGAAAGAUCACUCACCUUUAGGCAAAAGUAGACCGUAAAUUCAGAAAUGAUGCCUUCAGUGCUGAAGCCGAGGCCUUACCUGCCCCAGAGAGCCUGAUCAGACCGUCUCAGUGAUGUUAAUGAAGGCUCAGUCACACCCGUGGUGAUGCUGCAUGUUUCUGCAUAUCGUGGUGAAAAGUGUAACAGCUGAUGCUUGACUACACAGUUUAGUAAACAGCGGUAGGCAGUGAGCUAAAAUUAAAAUCUAAGCUAAAACGAAGUUUGCACAUUUUAUUUCAAGACAUAUUUGGACCAUUGACUCCUGCCUCACAAAACUUCCCCACAGUUCAACACGAGGCGGCUCAUCUGCAGGAAUUUCCUGGAAAAAUGGAUUUUACUGUACAAUGUUUGUGUUCUGAGUGCUGGUGUGACUCGGGCCUCGUGUCUGCUUCAGGUUUGCUUAUUGUUCUGUGACUUUUCUCUGGCCAGUUAACCAGGGUACCAGUAGCUGUAAAAGCAAAAUGAACUUUGCUCCUUGGGCUGUAAAUAGAAAAGCUGGCGAUGCAAACUGAGUGUGGGUCGGGGAACCAGAACCAGGCGCGCUCACAUGGGUUCCUUUCACUCUGUUUUCUUUAUGCUCCAAAUCAAAGAGCAGGACCACAUUAAGUGUUUGUGACUUGUGAUGAUGAAUGUGAUGAAGUUCAUUAUUUGACCUUUAAAUUACUGUACUAUUCAAAAACAGGCAUUCCCCUCUGUCUUUGUUCUGUUUUAGCUUUCAGAACUCAAACAGGAAGAGGUCAUCUGCACGGUCCAGUGAAUCACGAGCUCAUUGACUACUGUAUCCAAGACUGUGGUUGCACUUGUUCUGUACAUCACCUGUGUUCUGUAACUUUGGUCGGUCACUCAAACUAAAGGGAUCUUAUGUACAUUUUUUUACAAUACGCACACGUAACCUGCUUUAGACGAGUAGUUAAAAAAAUCCACCUUUGCACUCGCUGUACCUGAAACUUUGAGUCGCAGGAACUGAAAAGGUUCUUUCAGACGUUUUGCUUGUUUCCCUCCAGUCUGAAUGUUGCUCACUGAGCCUGACACUAGAUUUAAGGUAACGCUGGUUUUCAGGAGCUACUGCAGAGUCUGGCAGGUGACUAGCUAACCAAUCAGAUUUGUUUAGCACAAAGUUUACCCAGAAGUUAAUUUAGAGCCCAGUCCCUGUUGUGGAAACACACUGAGGUCCACUGAAGGUUCCUACUCUCUGUGGGAAGUCUGUGCAGGUGAAAUGCAGCUAAAUGUUAUUCUAAAUGACUCAGUGCUGUCCUAACAUCUGAGCUGGCUCUCGCUAUAAGGAGCUCUCACUGUGCUCCCUGAACCUGCGACACAGGCCGAUGGGUCAGCGAACCAUGUCUGAGUGUUCCUGCUGGCUGAAACCCACGUUUGAUCAGUUAGAUGAAGUUCAUCACCUGCUCUGAGCUCCACAGUUUGUCAGACUCGCUGCUUUCUGACGUGUUUGCACUCUGAGCUGAACUUACUCACGGAGAAGGCGGGAAGAAAGACUUGGCGUGUUUGCCUGUUUGGUUUGUGGGGAGAUGCUCAUUACAAUCUCCUGAGGGGGGCCGGGGGGGAUCUCGACCUGGUUUCGGCAUUGAGCCAGGCAUUUGAGUUUCAGCACUUGAGGAUGUGGGUUUUCCAAGAAAGAAGUCAGAGGUGUGUGAGUUUGUCGUGUCCUGAUUAGACCAUAAAUGACUGACAGCAGCUGUAAUAAAGAGCGAGGUGUGUUUUUGUCUUUGUUUAAAGGCUGCAGUGCUGAUACUGGAGGGUAACACCACCAACACGUUCCUUUCUCCUGAUCUGUCAGUCACAUAAAUGUGGAUGCUCACGUUGACUCUGAUGGAGCGCAUUGCUUGCUCAGGUGUACAGAGGAGGGUGUGUACAGUGAAGUCAUUCCAAACUCUGCUGGGAAUGUGUCUAACUGUGGGAAAUGUGUGUUCUUUUUCCUUUGCAGAUAUACAAAUAUACAAGUGCUCCUAGCUGGACCCUUAGUUGACUUCAUUAGUUAAAGUUAAGAGUUGAGAUAAUUUAUGGUGCUUGUGCUUUGAAUGCUUGAAGGCUGUUUGGAAAUGUAAUGUUGUAUUUCUGGCUAAAUGUGUGGUGGUUAAAGCUGCUCUGCUGUGUAAUCUUAUACUUUGUAAUAAAUGUGACUGGGCUGAUUUAAGGUUGUUUUUGUUUGCACAUGAAAGGGUGUGAAGGAUUUGUGGUUGGAUUUGAAAAAAUGCUUUAAUAAAAGACUGUGAUCA